CAGCUCUAGAAGGUCUAUGGCUCUCACAACGAUCAUAUGUUACAUAUACUCGAACUGGAUAAAAACAAUAAUAAUAACAAACAUUUGUCAACAAAGGAUAAAAGUGAAUAAAUAUUACAAAAUAUCAUUCUGUGUUAGUACUUAUCCACUUAUUUCUUUUUUUAUGCUUAUCAACAUUACUCGCAUCUAAGGACCUUUCAUAAGUACCUAAGUACCAAUUUGCUAGGUCCCACAACGACGGUGUUUGAACUCUCAACUGUCUUGUAAACCAGGGCAGACGAUUGAAAUAGAUAUGAGUUCGACCAAAGACAGGCAAAUUGGAAGAGUCGAAAGAUUAGCUUCACUGGACUCUCUACCAAUUGAAGUAAGUAAAAUAAUGAUGUAGGCGAAUACGUUACUGAAUAAGGUAAUAACUUGUAUCAUUUUAUUCUACUCCAGAUAUUACUUAUGAUUUGUGAUCACAUUGAUGCUAAUACAUUGGUACGGUCACUAAUAUAUGUUAAUAAACAGUUCUACGAUAUAAUAAGCGAUGUUUAUUUAUGGAAAAAACGAGUAAUGCAAAAUUUCAAUGAUUGUGAAGUAGCGUUCAUGAGGACGGACACUUAUAAUUGUAAGGUUACCUAAAUGGUAGUCACUAGUUAAAGAAAAUAAUAUUGGUACCUUCAUCUCACUUUAUCUUAAAUUACUCAAAUUUUGCAGCAAGUGUAUUUAACUGGAGGCAAUUUGCCUGGCAUACAGAAUUGGAAAAUGAUUGUUGGAGCAAUUACAAGGCUAAUACUACAAGUACCAUUUUCAAGGGAGCUCAUUUCUCUGAAGUGGAUGCCCUCAUUUUGACUGAGGUAAUUGAUUUUAUUUUAAUAAUAAAAAACUUGCACCUUGCUGUCUUACCAAUAGUACAUAUUAUAUUCACAGGACAGUAAUCGUUGUAUAUCUGCAUCAAGAGACCGUUCCAUAUGUAUCUGGAACACUACAGGUACAGUCACCAACCCUAUAGUGCACAAAGCAAAUAGCCAUACCGGUUGGAUAUGGGGUUUGAGAAUGUAUGAUGAAAAUCAUUUCCUUUCUUGUUCAUGGGAUUCGAAUAUCAAAUUAUGGAAUAUGAAGAAUUUCUCAAAAAAAGCAAACCCAUUACAGACAUUACGGUACAUUCAUUUUUUAUGUUUUUCUGUAAUAAUAUAGUUCUAACACAAUUUAUUUUAUUUAUAAUACAGUGGUGACUCUGCAAUAUUGUCAAUGACAAGUAAAGAGAAUUUUAUUGCUGCUGGACUUUAUACACGUAAAGUUAUAGCCUACGAUCCUCGAGAAUGUCAAAAACGUUUAUUUGAACUAAUCCUUCAUUCACGUAGUAUUAUUGAUUUGUGUUUAAUACAAGAUUAUUAUUUGGUAUCACUGAGUGAAGACAAAACUUUAGCUAUUUGGGAUUUGCGUACACACUCAACUGUUAAAUCAAUUAAUUUAGUUAAAGUAAAAGAAACUCCUAUUAGUCAAUCAAAUUAGUUUUUAAUUGUUUUACAUGUAUAACACUUAGCAUGGCGGUAGAAUUCCAAUGUGUGCUUCCUACUAUGAAAAUGUACUAUUUAUUGGUGACAGUAAAAACCAUAUGUACUGGUUGGACUGUUCUCGUGGGUUAUUUAAUAUUUUAGAGGUAUGUGUUUGUUUUUUAAUUUUAAAUAUUAAAUUAAAAUAUCUACCUUUGAUUUUUAAAUUUCUUCAGACUGUGGAGUUUGUAAGACCUGCAAACAAAACUGCAAGACGCUAUAAAAUUAAUUGCAUCAAAUGCACAAAUUAUGGUAGUAUUAUAACUGGAGGUAAUGAAGGAAUUAUUUACAUUUUAACUCCGACAAAUCCACCAAAAGUUAUUGCCGAAAUUAAAGAAACUGGUUCAGAAAUCUCUUCAGUAAGUUAAUUGAAAGAUAAUACAUAUUAUUUUUAACUAAAAAAUGUAAUUCAUUUUCAGAUUGACUACCAAAACGAUACAUUAGUUGUUGGAUAUGUUAAUAGUGAUGUACAGGUUUGGAAAAAAAAGUGACCAUAUCUAUCUAUAAUACAUGCACUAUUUACUAAAGCCUAAAACUAGUUUUAUAUGAAUGAAUAUUAAUAUGCCUUCAGUAAUGCAAUACUGUAAUUCCUAAUAGACAACAACUACAUUGUUUAAGUGUAUGAUAUCUCUUAUUAGCUAUCUAUGGUAAUAACGACUAUAUCUAUACUAUAUUUUAUAUCUAUUUAAUAAAUGCAUUUUUAUCAAUCAAGUUUGAUGAAAAUUAUGAUACUGCAAUGGAGAAUUUUCAAGCAUUAUCAUUGAACAUAUAUUAUUUUCUAAAAAUGUUAAAUUGUUAAGUGAUAAUAUAUAUUGCCAGUAUAGCAUUACUUAGAUCAAUUAUUGGUUAGGUAUUUAGUUUCAUUUUUAAAAAUAGUUGUUUUCUUCACUAUAUGUUAAAACAAAUAGUAUCAAUAAUUAUUUUUUAUUUUUUUAUAUGCCAUAAAAAAUUGUAUAUUUUUUUUAUUUUAUAGGCGUCAUUUAUUAAGAUUAUUGUUCUUUUAACUUUUCUAUGGAAUGUGGCAAUUUAAUAUUUUUUUUUAGCAACUUAUUACUAAUAAUUAUAAUUAUUUUAUAUUUUUAUUCUUUGUGACUUUACCCUAACAUUCUUGUUCCUCAUGGAUUAUGGCUCAUCUCUAGUCAAUAAUAACUAUUAAUGAAAUAAAACUUUAUUGAUUUAAUUUAAUUACUUUUACUCACAAAAUAUCACGUAAACAUUAACAUUUAAAGUAGACUAGUAAAUUUAAAUAUAUAAUCAUUAAGAUCGUAACUCUGGAAACUAAAAUAAUACAUUUUGUAGUCCAAGUAAAUACUACCUACAAUAUAAUUUAAGAUUAAAAUUUUUUGUUUUUUUUUUAUUUGUUACAAUAAAUUAUUUUCUUUGAAA